AUGGGCGCCUCGCAGAGCAUCGACAUCCCCGGCGGCGGCACCGAGGGCUACCACGUCCUGCGGGUACAAGAAAACUCACCGGGGCAUAGAGCUGGAUUGGAGCCAUUCUUUGAUUUUAUUGUGUCCAUUAAUGGUUCAAGAUUGAAUAAAGACAAUGACACUCUCAAGGACCUGCUGAAAGCAAAUGUUGAAAAACCUGUAAAAAUGCUUGUGUACAGUAGCAAAACACUGGAACUGAGAGAAACAUCAGUAACCCCCAGCAACAUGUGGGGUGGGCAGGGCCUGCUGGGAGUGAGCAUUCGCUUCUGCAGCUUUGAUGGGGCCAAUGAAAACGUCUGGCACGUCUUGGAAGUGGAGCCAAAUUCUCCUGCUGCAUUAGCUGGACUUAGACCUCACAGUGACUAUAUCAUUGGAGCAGAUACUGUCAUGAAUGAGUCUGAAGAUCUCUUUUCCCUUAUUGAAACGCAUGAAGCAAAGCCAUUAAAACUUUAUGUGUACAACACAGACACAGAUAAUUGUCGGGAAGUGGUGAUUACUCCAAAUUCUGCCUGGGGUGGAGAAGGCAGCCUAGGAUGUGGCAUUGGUUAUGGAUAUUUGCAUAGGAUACCUACUCGUCCAUUUGAAGAGGGAAAGAAAAUUUCUCUCCCAGGACAGUUGCCUAGUGCAUCUCUCAGUCCCCUUAAAGAUGGUUUCACAGAGGUUCAGCUAUCAUCAGUUAAUCCCUCAGCCACCCUCCCUCCUGGGUCAGCAGGCCUUGAGCAGAGUCUUUCAGGACUUUCUAUUAGCUCACCUUCAACUACUGUCAGUAAUGUUCUCAGCACAGGUGUUCCAACAGUUCCAUUGUUACCACCACAAGUCAGUCAAUCCCUUACCUCUGUGCCACCAGUUAACCCAGCAACUACAUUACCAGGUCUGAUGCCAUUACCAGCAGGGCUUCCAAACCUGACUGAUCUGUCCAAACUUAAUUUACCUGCACCACAGCUUGUUCCAGAAAUCAUACAGCCUGGUUUGCAACCCCUUCCCCCAUUGCCACCUCUGCAUCUAAUGGGAAUAUCACCUCUGUCAAUGCCACCCAAGUGUGUUCCUAUGCUUCCUUUGGUCACAGAGGCAUCUACAGUGCCUACAGAUUUGCUUCCCUCUAUUACUCAAGCUGGAAGCUUUUCCAUCAACCCUGGCACUACUGAAAAUGUAGAGGAGACCUCUGCACUCACCUUGGAUAGUGCAAUUCCAACUUCCAGGGCAACUAUUGUUGACAGAUCAAAUGAAUCCUCCGCAGCUAAUGAGAAAACAGCUGGAACCACAGAUACACAAGGUUCUGAAUCGUAACUCCAGAUCACUCUCCUGGAUUGGCUUGGUAUUUAUUUAGCCAUGGGAUACAUAUUUGAAAAGCAAGCUGUCAUUAAUUUCAUACUAGUUUGUACUUAAUCUUUAGAAGUCCUGUAAAUAAUAUGGAGGUAUAAUAAAAAUAAAAGGGGAUUUAUAAAGUGUGGGGGGGAGGAAGAACUUGUAUGUUACCAAAAAAAGCCCAGGUGGUAAAUAGAGUUCCACUGCCAAACUCUGAGGUAUGUUUUUAAUACAGGCUCACAGCCUUACCCUGCUAGGCCUGUCCUUGCUUAUAAUUAGCAAUUUUUGCUUCUGAUAGAAAUGAAGCGGGUCUUGCGUGUGACAUUUACCUACCAUAGUUCUUGUUCUUUGCAAGUAUCUUGUUUCUACAGUGGGGAUGAGAAUGUUUAGUCUGAGUUGUGAAUUUUAACGCUGCAAAACUUCCACCUAAAGAUAUUUCUGUUAAAAUUGCUGAGUGGCCUGUUAACUGACAUGUUGUUAUUCAGCCUGUACACAAAUCUUUGUCUUUAAGCUCUGGAGAGAUGCUCAAGCCAUGUUUUGUGACCACUGCUGCGUUGUUUCAUAUGCCCACUGUAAAACAGCAUUUGGAAGGGAAUACAUGGAAUGUUAAAUGUA